AGCCCGAGGAGGUUAACUCACAAGCCGGCCGACGGGAGAGCGCGAGGAUCCCGCGCGAGCCCGGCGCAGCCGGCGGGGGCGCACGGGUGCGGGCGCCGGGAUGGAGGACGGUGUGGCCGGGACCCGGUUCGGGACGGCGGCCGAGGCGGCCGAGGCGCGAGCGCCGCCCGGGGUGACGCUGCGGCCCUUGGCGCCGUUCUCAGGGGCAGCCGAGGCCGACGAGGGCGGCGGCGACUGGAGCUUCAUUGACUGCGAGAUGGAGGAGGUGGACCUGCAGGACCUGCCCAGCGCCACCAUCGCCUGUCACCUGGACCCGCGCGUGUUCGUGGACGGCCUGUGCCGGGCCAAAUUUGAAUCCCUCUUUAGGACAUAUGACAAGGAUAUCACCUUUCAGUAUUUUAAGAGCUUCAAACGAGUCAGAAUAAACUUCAGCAACCCCUUAUCUGCAGCGGAUGCCCGACUCCAGCUACAUAAGACUGAAUUUCUUGGAAAGGAAAUGAAGUUAUAUUUUGCUCAGACUUUGCACAUAGGAAGUUCACACCUGGCCCCACCGAAUCCAGACAAGCAGUUUCUGAUCUCUCCUCCCGCCUCUCCGCCGGUUGGCUGGAAACAAGUGGAAGAUGCUACUCCUGUCAUAAAUUAUGAUCUUUUAUAUGCUAUCUCCAAGCUGGGGCCAGGGGAAAAGUAUGAAUUGCACGCCGCGACCGACACCACUCCCAGCGUGGUGGUCCACGUGUGUGAGAGCGAUCAGGAGAACGAGGAGGAAGACGAGAUGGAAAGAAUGAAGAGACCCAAACCCAAAAUUAUCCAGACCAGGAGGCCGGAGUACACGCCCAUCCACUUAAGCUGAACUGGCCCCCGGACGAAGAGGUAUUCCAAGUCACACUCACGGGAAGGAAUCUUUUACUGUGGAAGUGGCUGGUCACAGCUUUGGAGGCGGCAGCCGUGAUCGCUGUGGCAGAAAUUGCAGCUCACGUUGCUCAGAAGAGAACCGAGGCUUAGUCUUCUGGUUCCGACGCUGUGUAUCUGUCAAUGUUCAUGGCUCCCGGGAAUUUUCCUGAGCCAAUCACUGAGUUUGGGGUGAUCGCACAAGGACAUUCGGGAACGUCUCGAGAAAACCGAUAACGAUAGUGUUCUGUACUUGUUAUUUUCUGGUAGGUUCUGUUUUUGCCAGGGGCAGGUUGAUCAAUGGGUCCGGGGAGAGCCUUCUGUUUCUAACCAGCCUAUGAUGUAGACGCUCUCUCCUGGUAGAGAAAGGCACUGCGUGGGGCCACGAGGUGUCUAGUGCAGAAGGGUUGUGAAAACAACAGUGCAACGUGGAAAUUGUAGCGUUUCAUUUCUUCCCUGUCAUGUCCUAAUGUUUGUGCAUGUAUAUUACUGAUUUUCAGAGCUAACCUUUGUUCGUAUAUAGAGUUAUGCCAUUGUUGUUUCACAUCUUUUGGGAAGAUAGGAAAGCAUUUGAAAAGUCUGUCACCUUUCCAGAUUCGUGACUGUCUCUGCAACAGCACACACACGUGGGAUUCCACCUGGAAUACAUCCACUCGGCAUCCUAUCCGAUGCAACAUGGACUUGUGCUUUUGCAAAAGAAGUCGAUCUGCAAUUCCUAUGUAGCGUUUUGCUUAUAAAAUUCAGAGACAGCAGUUCCACUGCCAACUUUUAGUGGGUGAGAAGUUUUAGUUUAGGUGUUUUAGAUUAGACAAUAAAUUGGUUUCAUUUAUUUCUUUUAUGUGGGGGGUUACAUGAAUCAUAGCCAAAAACCUUUUUUGGGGAACUGCCAGUUGAGAUCAUUGAUUUUUUUUUUAAUCCCACUAAAACAUCAAGAUAAACUUGUAAAUAAAGCUGAUAGAAUACAUUCACACCUGUUGUGCACUCGGGUGAGGAAUACAUCAGUGGAGGCUAGUGUAAGAUGUAUUAACCUACUUGUAUGUUGUGAAUUGUAUGUUGUAGAAACGCCUUUCAAAUGUUGGGCAGGACUUGAAUUCGAAGCAUGUGAAGUGGAUAGUAGAUUGUGUAAAGGUUAUGAGAAGGAUGCAGUGCCUUUCCCCAUUAACUCCUGAUGGAAUUGUUACACUAGGUUAACGUUUGUAAUUUUUUUUCUAGUUGUAACGUGUAUGUCUGGUAAAUAGGUGUUAUAUUUUGGCCUUACGAUACCAUAACAAGGUUUGUCAUUUUGAAAUACCGAAUGUCAAGUAACAGUGCAUGCUUUGGAAAUGUGGGAGGUGGUUUUCUUUAAGAAGCAAAUAUGUUUGAUUGUUCAUAUCAAGAAAUUGACUGAAUGUUCUCAAAACCCUGUUUACAGUACUUGGUGGGGCUGGGGGCAGGUGAGGGAGAGACCAUUGCCUAGCUGUUCAAGUGUUCCUAGUUAAGUGCUUUUAAACUGGAGAGGCUAACCUCAAAGUAUUUUUUUUAACUGCAUUCUAUAAUAAAUUGACACAAUAUGCUCUUUACGGAAAA